CAAUACCUUCUAGAUGUUGAUGUAAUGGAUGGUGGGAAAUUGAAGUUGGGAAUUAUCUUCCUCACUCAGACUGGAGUUAGAGUCCUUGGAAAUUGCUCUCUCCUUUGUUUUUACAGCUUCUCUUUGCUUACCAGACAGAAGUUGAGAUCCACAGACCUAAUUCUCAACCAGCGGGCCUUUGCCAACUCAUUGGUCCUUUUCCCCAAAGGGAUACCUCAAACAAUAGUGGCCUUCUGAUGGAAGUAUUUCCUAGAUGAUGGUGGAUGUAAACUUGUCUUUUAUUAUUACAGAGUGGGCACUGGGGUUUCCUUCAGCCCUAUUUGCCUCCUCAAUGGAUUCCAGGCAAUUAAGCUCAACCCGAGUAUUUGUAGAUGGGUGGAGCUCAAAGUUAGAUCCCCAACGUCCAUUGGCUUCUGCUGUUUCCUGUGCUGGAUCCCUCAUCUGCUGAUAAAUUCAUUUAUUGCUGUAUUGGUGAGUGUACCAUCAAAUAAAAACUUGAGUGUGAGAAAUAGUUACGGAUACUGUUCCUGCACACUACAAGAGAAAUAUAGCUCAUUAUAUGCAGCCUUCUAUUUUUCUCCUGACUUGAUGAGUCUCAUCUUCAUGGUCUGGGCCAGUGGCUCCACAGUCCUUGUCUUGUACAGACACAAGCAGAGAGUUCAACAUAUUCACAACCACAGAGGCUGCCUCAGACAGUCCCAUGAGGCCAGAGCCACUGGGACCAUCCUGGUCCCGCUGGGUGCAUUUGUUGUUUUCUAUUCAGUCUAUACUGUUUUGACUAGUUGGAUGACUCUAGUUACAAAGCCAGGCUGGUGGGUGGUGAACAGCUCUGUGUUUGUGGCCUUGAGCUUCCCAGCAUUCAGCCCUUUUGUUCUCAUCCUCAGUGACACAGGAGUCUUCCAGUUCUGCUUUACCUGCAGAGCAAGGAAAACAGCACUUCUUUUUUAA